AUGAUUGGCAACGCUCGCGACUCGCCCAUUAGACUGGCCAAUGGCCAACUUUUGUGCGGCGCACAUGGUUUCGUGACCUGUGCCAAAUGCUGCGUUGACUACACUUUCGUGCAAGAACUAGAUGGCGAAUAUAGCUCCCACAUGUUAAAGCAACGCGAUACGAUUCCCGGCAACGAUGACCAAAGCUGCGAGUUGUCUGAUGUCAGUGGUCUCUGUUCCAGCGGCGUUGAUACCUCGGACGAGUCGACCAUAAUCGACUCGAGCAGCGAGGAAGCUGCUGCAUCGCCUUCCGUCGCGCCCACAGGCAUCUUGAUCGCCGUGGACGACGACCCGAAACCGAGAUUCCCUGCGCUGCCCAAAAGGUUCUUUCCCCCCGAACCUGUAGUCAGCCCGCGGGUUCUUUUUAGACCUCGGUUGGUGUUCCAUAAGGACCACCCUGGUAUCCAAAGAUUCAUUGGAAUCCAUGACACCUCCCAGUAUCUCGUCUACGCAGGUGGGGCCUGCUUGGAGAAUGGCAAAGGCAAACUUAAAGCCGGUUGGUCUUUCGUUUUCAAACCCCCUGCACCAGACCGUCCCACGAGUGGUCGGGUUUCUUCGCGCCUGGAGGCCACUGGGCCAACCGGGAAGGCCCGAAGGCCAAGCAGCCAUCGAGCAGAGUUACGGGCGGUCAUCGCAGCGCUGAGUUACCUGCACGAGGAUGGGGAUCUGUUCAAGAGCAUCGUGGUCGCUACCGACUCGACAUACGUGGUCCAUAGUGCUACUCGGUUGCUCCAGACAUGGAUGUCCAAUGGGUGGAUAAACCUGACGGGGAGGCCGGUCCAGAAUAAGGAUCUGUGGCAGACUCUGCUGCAGAUCGUGGACGGUUGGGCCAAGAAGGGUCGAGAGGUUUAUCUAUGGAGGAUCCCUCGAAAAUGGAACAGGGAUGCCGAUGAGUGCGCCAGGGCAGCUGUCACAUCAAUACCUGUUCCAGUGGAUUUCGAGGAUUUAUCAAAUGGCAACUGGUAG